CGGCGGCGGCAGCGGCGGUGGCAGCGGCGUUUGAGUGGGGGAAGAUGGCGGCUCCUGGUGGCCCGGGGUCCCGCCAGCUGUGAGGGUCCCCCCUCUCCGAGCACGGCGAACGCGGUGUGGGGCGGCACGGUGCUUCCGCUCUGGUCUCGUCGCUGGUUCUUCCGUCGCUGUCGCCGGCGAAGCGAGCCCGAGGGCGUGGAGCGGGCGGGCAGAUCUGCAGUGGACGAGUGAACCAGAAAGAUGCCCUUCUUAAAACUGAAGCCAUGAAAUGCUGUCGAGUGGGAUGUCAUGGCCAGCUCCUCGGACAGUGAAGAUGACAGUUUCAUGGCUGUGGAUCAAGAAGAAACUGUGCUGGAAGGGACAAUGGAGCAAGAUGAGGACCCACAGCCUGUAUUGGAGGUUGAAGAGGCUAGACACAAUAGGUCCAUGUCUGAGCUGCCAGAAGAGGUUUUGGAGUAUAUCUUGUCCUUCCUUUCACCAUAUCAGGAGCACAAAACUGCUGCUCUUGUCUGUAAACAGUGGUAUCGACUUAUCAAAGGUGUAGCACACCAGUGUUACCAUGGCUUCAUGAAGGCUGUCCAGGAAGGGAACAUUCAGUGGGAGAGCCGAACCUACCCUUAUCCUGGGACCCCCAUCACUCAGCGAUUCUCACACAGUGCAUGCUAUUAUGAUGCAAAUCAGUCUAUGUAUGUGUUUGGAGGCUGCACCCAGAGCAGCUGCAAUGCUGCCUUCAAUGACCUCUGGAGACUUGACCUAAAUAGCAAAGAGUGGAUUCGACCGUUGGCUUCAGGGUCCUAUCCUUCUCCUAAAGCUGGAGCAACCCUGGUGGUGUACAAGGACUUGCUAGUGCUCUUUGGAGGCUGGACGAGGCCAAGCCCUUAUCCCCUACAUCAACCAGAGAGAUUUUUUGAUGAAAUACACACUUACUCUCCAUCUAAAAACUGGUGGAAUUGCAUUGUAACAACACAUGGGCCACCUCCAAUGGCUGGCCACUCCUCCUGUGUGAUAGAUGAUAAAAUGAUUGUCUUUGGUGGCUCUUUAGGAUCCAGGCAAAUGAGCAAUGAUGUCUGGGUUCUUGACCUCGAGCAGUGGGCAUGGUCCAAGCCGAACAUCUCCGGCCCCAGUCCUCAUCCCCGAGGUGGCCAAUCUCAGAUUGUCAUAGAUGAUACAACUAUCUUAAUCCUUGGAGGGUGUGGCGGUCCCAAUGCUCUGUUCAAGGAUGCUUGGUUGUUGCAUAUGCACCCAGGUCCCUGGGCCUGGCAACCACUCAAGGUAGAAAAUGAAGAUCAUGGAGCCCCUGAACUGUGGUGCCAUCCAGCCUGCCGGGUGGGACAGUGUGUGGUGGUCUUCAGCCAGGCUCCUAGUGGGAGAGCCCCCCUCAGCCCCAGUUUGAACUCUCGCCCAUCACCUAUCAGUGCCACUCCUCCGGCCCUGGUCCCUGAAACACGAGAGUACCGCUCCCAGUCUCCAGUAAGGAGUAUGGAUGAAGUGCCGUGUGUUAACGGCCGCUGGGGAACACUGAGGCCCAGGGCUCAAAGGCAGACUCCCUCAGGUUCUCGGGAAGGGAGCCUCUCCCCGGCCAGAGGAGACGGCUCUCCCAUUCUCAAUGGUGGGAGUUUGUCUCCAGGAGCAGCAGCUGUUGGUGGGACUUCCUUGGACAGUCCUGUGCAGGCCAUAUCUCCAGGUACCCCCUCUGCCCCUGAAGGGUAUGAUCUGAAGAUGGGACUUCCUCUGGCCCCACGGAGAGGGUCGCUACCAGAUCAGAAGGAUCUGAGAUUAGGGUCAAUUGAUCUGAAUUGGGACCUGAAACCUACUUCUAGCAGCAAUCAUGUGGAUGGUGUGGACAGCAGGACAGUUGGGGGGAGUAUUAGACACCCUGUGGAACAGACCAAUGGCGUGCAUACUCCACCCCAUGUGGCCAGUGCCCUGGCAGGGGCCGUCUCCCCUGGUGCCCUGCGGCGGAGUCUGGAAGCCAUCAAAGCGAUGUCAUCCAAAGGCCCCGCGGCCUCUGCAGCACUAAGUCCUCCUCUUGGGUCUUCUCCAGGAUCCCCUGGGAGCCAGAACCUGAGCAGUGGAGAAACAGUGCCCAUCCCUCGCCCAGGGCCAGCCCAAGGCGAUGGACAUUCCCUACCUCCCAUUGCCCGCCGCCUGGGCCACCAUCCUCCACAGUCCCUCAAUGUUGGCAAACCCCUGUACCAGAGCAUGAACUGCAAGCCCAUGCAGAUGUACGUACUGGACAUUAAAGAUACGAAGGAACGGGGCCGUGUGAAGUGGAAAGUAUUUAAUAGCAGUUCUGUGGUUGGACCUCCUGAAACCAGCCUGCACACAGUGGUACAAGGCAGGGGGGAACUCAUCAUAUUUGGAGGACUCAUGGACAAAAAGCAGAACGUGAAGUACUAUCCUAAAACAAACGCCUUGUACUUUGUACGCGCAAAGAGAUAAUGUGUGCAGAACCCUUUUCCCUUUCUGUGGCUUUUAAUUUGGAAUUUUCCAGUGUGCAAGCAUUUGGACUGAGACAUGGGAAAACAACUGCAUUUGUCCCGUAGCCAAAACUCAACUCCAGCUCCCAGUCUCCCUCACUCCAUUAUAAGAAAAUAUUAUAUAUAAAUAUAUAUAUAUAUAUAUUAUAUAGCCAAUUCUGUUUACACAAAAAGAGAGACCUCCGUCCUGAUUCAGAUAAAAUUGUUGCUGUUUUAGUAGAGGCUGUGCUGCCUUUUUCUACUUUGCUGAUUACUAGAUCAAAAAGUUAGGGAACAGACUAACAGCAGUAACUUUCCAAAAGGAACUGAAGAACCCUUGUAAAUCUUUAUGUGGCCUUCUCAGAAUUUACAAAAACGACAGACAGGCUUAGACAGGAUGGAUGCACAGGAAGAGGCACCACACCCCGUGCUUCAGGGUAAAGUAACCAAGAACCGUCCUUCUUCUGUCAAAACCACAGAGGACCUGUGACAGCGCGGCAGGAGCGCCUGUGCCUGGUCUCUUCUGCCCCGUAUGACUGGUGGAAAUCAUCCGAUGAGAGAGACUGUCCACGCCUGCCAGGAUCAUGGAGAAAACAAAAGUUCACGCAGCUGACAUGCUUGCCAUGGCCAACGGUCUUUGAGUGCUCCCUCCACAUCUCAGAACACAUUUGGUAUCCGAUUAGGGAACUUUCUGACAAUCUGAUUUGGUUGCAAGUUGCCAAAAAACCAUAUUUGUUCUCCUUUUCUUUUAAAAUUGGGUCCUCAGAGGCUGUUUUUCCUACUUCUAGACUGCUUCUUCCCCUGCCUGUUCCCCGUCCCCCCCUCCCCUGUUUUAGGGUUGGUUUGGUGUUGCAUAUAGAUUUUUUUUAAGCCCUAAAUUUUUUCUCACUGUGUUUUCUUCACAAAGCUCAGGUGCUUGCAGAAAUCAAAUGUUCUUCAAAAAUAUUUUUAGACUCCUUUCUUUGGUGUCACGAGGGGCUAGUAGACAAUUUUGAGAUUUCAGUAUUGGAAAAAAAAUCCUUGAAGCCUCAAGAGACACUUCCCCCUGUGGGACCCUCCCCUCCCCGCCCAGCAUCCACUUCUGUGCUUUGUUUGUCUGUAUGGUUUUGGUUUCCAAAUUUCAUUGGAUACACUCAGUGUAGAAGCUUGAAAUCAACCCUAGAAGGGAAUCCUGAUAACCCUUCCUUCCAGAAAUGGUUUUUCCUCUUGUGACAUGUCAUCUUCUGCCCUGCUGCUGCCAGCUGACCCAGUUGAGUAUUAAGUACUUGACCCUGAUAAUAUAUGGCUGGCCUAGGGAGUACCUCCAUCCUUUGAGCUUGUCUUGUUCAUGUGUCAUCAAACAGGGCUUGGGUUCUUAAAGUACAACCAAGUAGAACCUUCUUUGAUUGAUACAAAAAGUUACAAGGUACUAGUCUUAGUCUCUUAAACUGUGGCCUGGACACAGAUGUCAAGAUAAGUUUAUUUUAAGUGGCACCAUUUUAAUAAGCACUCAUCAGAAGAUAAAGGAUUUUUAUUUUGCCAUUAAGAGUUAAAUAUCAAAACCUCAUGUCUCCUGGCCCCCCACUCUUUAUCUUAGAAGUGUCUCCCAGGCACAAGCCGGCUGCAGCUGGCCCUGGGGUCCUGGCUCUCAGCCAGCACUUUGCAGUCUGUCCAAUAAGCAUGUGUUCUCCUAUUACAUCACACUAAAUCCUUCUCUGAGCCAUUAGCCAUUUGGUCUUGGAGGAAAACCCCCCUCCUCCCCCUGCAGUGCCAAGGUCAGCCCACUCAUGGGGAAGGGUAUGUGUUCCAGAAACAUCCCUUCAUGUUCCCUCAGAUGAGGAAACAUCCAUGUGCCUACUUCCCAUGGCGUCCCACUGCUUAAAGCUGCACACUUGGCUUUCCAAGCUCCCUGAUCUGCAGCUGUGGCUGGUCCUUCCUUGGCCAAGACUGUUCUGUCUUGUGGGGUCUUCUACAGCGUGAAGCCAGCCAGCAGUGUGUGAUUCUGGCAUUGCUGUGCUGACCCUUGUUAGUGUGUGGACAGUGCCUCCAGACUCACUUCCUACUAAGUACUCCGAACGUUCUGAAUCUCCACUGUAAUCUUUCCUCUUGUCCUGUGGCCUUCCUAAGCUGGCUGUUAACCUGUUGAUUCCUUGUACUUGUUUUUUCCUCCGAGUAGGCAGGUAACAGGAAUGAAUGUUGAUUCUCUUAGAGAACAAAGUGGUUCCUGUAACUCCAUACAUAGUAUCCAGUAUUACCCAUGCUGCUAGUAACCAGGCCAUUCGUUUACAGCCCUUGGAGAGAAAGAAGGAUGGGCCUCAUCUGCAUCAGGUAGCAUGGGUCUCAGUGGUGUGUUGGCUCCUGGGCACUCUGGGCCUGUACUGUGGGAAAGCGACUCAACACAGUCAAGGUGAUUGUCUCCUCAGGCUCCCUUGGGGGACAGGUGCAUCCGUCCUCCCUGUGUUCUCCCUAAGGUGAGCAUUCCCAAAGCUCCGCCAGAUCAGAUUUGACCACAGCCCUGCUUUGACGAGAUACCAACUUUGUCUUAAGAGUCACUGAGAGACAUGAGACUACGUAUUUUUUUUAAACCCUCAGGAGCACCUAAAGCAAAUAUUUAUCAGUAUUUACGUACAUUUAAAUACAUCUUGUUUCUACUUGAAGCUUUAAUCCCUUCCAUUCCUGUAAGUGUGCCUUUGAGAGCCCCUAGGUCAUAUUGACUUCACUAGUCACCAAGUUGACUGCCAUGGAAGAAUUUGAGUCUCUUCUCUCUUGGACAUCUGGUUCUCUCAUUUCACACAUUGUGCAGCACAGUGCUGUCUGUAUUUUUACAUAUUUGCACCCUCCUUCCACAGUUUGGGGGUGGGCUCUAUUCCCCCCAUCAUCCCCCACCUCUUGGGAGCACUAAUUAGAUGCUGAAAGAAACUUCAAUUGUGUUUUAAAGCAAUCUGGGGCUUGCUCUCCUCCUGGUCCUCUGUGGGUUGAUUUGAUGAAACCAUGAUUUGAUGCUGAAACCAUGAAUGAUUGAUCAGGAACUGUGUUGGAACUCUUAAAGAAGAAACGAGGAGGAGGAAGAAAGAAAAUUAUUGUGAGAUGUCUUGACUUUGGAGGACAGAAAGCCACUGGCAAAUGGAGAACAAGGGGAUAGUUCCCUUCGCUUCACCUUACCUUUCUAGCCUUCCUUCUGCUUCGCUUUUUUCCUUUCCCUUCAGAGUGAUAUGUCUGGUUGGUUUACCUGUCUGCCCUUGUCCUCGUGGUGAUCCUGGCAUGGUAAUGUGUGGUACUUUGCAUUAUCUGUGGUCUCUCACCAGCACACAAGUCGGUUGGGAGGAUCUACCAUGGCCAGGGGCAAGAAAGCCUGUGCUCUGUAUGACUCCCCUAGAAAUGUGUUCUGCCCGUCACUGGUAACCUGCUUCCUCUUGCCACGUUCCUUGUGAGUGAGAGCAGACUGGGGUAUUCGCUGGUUGUACUCUCUCUACUUGCUCUGCCCCCCUUCCCACCAACCAGGGCUUGUGUCGGUGCACGCCCCUGUGCCCUGGCAAAGUUGGUGCUGUGAGUGAUGUUUCCCACACAACUCGGGGUGCCGGGUGGCUUACCCUGAGAUAGUCAUUUUAGGCACAUAACAGUGUAGGAAUGAACAUGGAUUCCAUGCAUAUUUAAAUCUCUGGUCGAUCUCAUUUUUUGUUAAUGUUUUUCCCCCUGAUGACUUUUUAGCAAUUUAACAAAUAAAACAAAAUGGAC